AUGGGUGAACAAUUAACAGAUGAAGAAAAAGCAACUGUUGCACGACGUUUUAUUGCUCAUGCACCACCGGGUGAAUUUAAUGAAGUUUUUAAUGAUGUUCGAACAUUAUUGAAUGAUGAUGCAUUAGUCCGACGUUCAGUGUCUAAAGCUUUUGCUGAAUAUAAUCGAGAUCAAUAUAUUGCAACAAAAGUUCAAGGUGCAGAAGAAGAGUGUCUUAUAACCGAUGCGAAUGAUUUAGGUGAUGGUCGAUUUUAUGAUCCUCGUACACGACAAAGUUUUAAAUUUGAUCAUUUACGUCGUGAAGCAUCGGAAUAUCAACCACAUCCACCUGAUGAUCACUC